AUGUGUUACCCUCACAAGCAGCAGGGUUUCUCCAACCUCCAAUCUCUCACAUACAGCAAGUUGGAACGCGAGAAACGAGAGAUUCGUCUACUCACGAUACAUCCCGGAUCAUGGCGGGCCCGCAUCCGCUGCACGCUGACCACGGCUUCACUCAACGACAAUCCGGUUUACAACGCGCUCUCGUACGUUUGGGGAAGCCCUCAUGACACGGUCCCCAUCUUCGUCAACGGCAGAGUAUUCCACGCCACAGUCAACCUCUGGCGCGCGUUGCGGAGAGUCCGCCGAGCCACCGCCGCUUUCACCGUAUGGGUCGAUGCCAUCUGCAUCAACCAGCGCGACAACGUCGAAAAGUCGUGGCAAGUCGCGAUGAUGAACGCAAUAUACACCAACUGUUUCUGGUCCAUCGUAUGGCUGGGCGAGGACCCCCACGCGCGCAAAAGGGCCAAAAACCCGCGGCCGCGGUCCAAAACCUUCCGGCUCGCGGUGCAGCUGCUCAAGAUGCUCACCCAAGACAAGCACUACGCCGACUACCCCUGCUACGAGAUGACCAGCACCGGUAUAGCAGUUGCAGAGCGCUACCAGCAGCACUUCAAGUGCCUGCAGACGCUGCUCGCGGCCGACUGGUGGCACCGCAUCUGGGUGGUGCAGGAGAUCGUCCUGCCACAACGCGUCCUCUUCCUCGCCGGCUCCGAGAAGUUCCACAUCCCCAUCAUCGAACGAGCCUACGUGCGCGCAGGCAAGCACGGCGUGGACUGCUGCCGGUGGGCGUGGCAGAAGCUGCACGCGCCCGCGCCGAGCGGCGUCUUUUUUAAAGCUGUCGUGGAUCUGUUGACCGUCUUCUGGCCGUUCGCCACGGCCGCUUUCUACCGCUUGCCCGGGAGCGAGCUCUCGCUGCGGAGGCUGCGCGAGGUGUGCGGGCACAUGGACGCGACGGUGGCGCACGAUCAUGUGUACGGUGUCCUCGCGCUCGUCACGUCCUGGGGCGAGGCCACGCCGCCCGUGCCGGACUACACGCGCCCCGUGGCUGACACGGUUGUGCAGGCUGUGCUGAGCAUGGUGGAUCAGGAGAGGAGUUUCUGUGCCUUGCAUGGAUCGAGGGACUUGCUGUCCAGAGAUGGCAUUCCCUCCUGGGUGCCGGACUACGCAAUGGGUCAUGAUCAUACGUCCACGCGCUACCCGCUUCUCGAGUCGUUCAAAGCGUCUGGUACGCACUUUGAGAGACCGGUGCUGGUGGACCGCUUUAUCCUCCAGGUAAAGGCAGUUGGUAUUGAUCAGGUGGAGAAGGUUGGGCGCGCUGUUACGAAUCCCGACACGCUCUGUCCAGCUUUGGAAGAGUGGAGAGAAAUUCUGGGCGCAGACGUUGCGGGAGAGAAAUCUCAGCCGAAGAUGGAACAGUUCUGGAACGCGCUACUGCGAGCCACUCUGAGCUCCAACAAGCUUCGCCAAACAUAUGGAUGGGACUGGUCUGAUGUUUCAUGGAGCGUGUGCGAGGACGACUAUCGGCGCUUUCGUGAGGCUUGCGCACGUAAAGAUGACAGUAAAGGGCCAUUUGUCUCGUUGCUUUCCCAGCACAAGACGGGAGCGUCAUACAAAGAGUCCGUGUCCAAGAGGAUGUUCUUCACAAAGACUGGGAAAUUUGGCCUGGCGCGGUAUUCAGUUGAAGUUGGAGAUGAAAUCUAUCUGCCAAUUGGGGGGAAGGCGCCUUUUGUUUUGCGCCGAAGCUCGACAACUGCUCAUCAAAUUGUCAGCGAGUGUUUUCUUGAGGGCUUCAUGGACGGGGAGCUUAUGGAAGGGGACUGGCAAGACAGACUGGAAGACAUACUAGUCGUGUAG